AUGCGCUUGGAACUGCUUCUGGAUAAAUUCAUCCAGGGCAGGAGAGAGCUGCUGAGCCUGAGGAUGGGGGAGAGGGGAGAUCCUCGGCAGUUGUCUGGGCCAUCGUCUCUUUGUGUUCAACCUGUGGUGUUCCCAUGGAUUCUCCCCUUCAAGUCAAACAAGGACAGGCCAAGCGCUGCACUUGACAUCUUCUCAGAAGCAUCUUCUUGUUCGACAGGUGAGGUGAAGUGCUUCUCAGACUGCGUGGCUCUGUGGAUCCCCAGGAGCCACAUAGAGGGUUUGAGGCAUUGACUGAGCAGAAUCCUGCACUUGCCAGGGGCCUGGAGGAACCCCACCCACCUGGAUCCUUUGCCAAAUGGGCAGCUUCCCACCAAAGGAGCUAACCUCAGUGCAGGUGUCAAGAAAGGGGACACCGCACGUUAUUCCUCUGUAGAAGCGGAGCUGAGAGAGUCAGAGGAGAGGGCAAAUUACAGGUUGGAAAUCAGAAUAUAUCAAAGAGGGGUGAAAAGGUUGGAGCAGAGUGAUCGCUGUAUAAUGAAGUGUCCAGUGAUAACAUCCAGGCUGGGCCAAGAGAGCAUCCACUUUGGGCCUGUGUUCAUUCAGACCCUGUGGCUGCUGUCCCUUCGAGGGGAGCUGGUGGCUUCUCUGCAAGAUGCCAGCCUGAUGGGACUGCAUGUGGACAUCAACACCGUCACUAUCACCAUCCCAAAUCCAAGGCAAGACCUUCUUCAGAGGCGGGGGCCUCGCCCGCUGCUGAGCACACACGCGGAGCUCCUUCCACUCUGGCUGGUGAGUGGCUACUCUGCCUGUUCCUUGGAAGCUGCGUGCCAUCCAGUGUCGUCCCAGCCAGAGUCGGAGGUCUUUGUUCACCUCCCCAAGCAGAGAUGGGAUCUGGUCAAAAGCGGGUCCCACUUGGAGGAAAGCCUGAGCCUAAAAUUCCUUUGGAUCCACCAGUCCAGCAUCUUCACGGUGACUGAAAACAGGGGCUCUGUGGUGGUCGAUGUCCCAGUGGAGGCAUUGGCUAUGCUGCCGCUUCUGGAGGCCCCUUCUCCUUCAGGUUCGGGAAGGGAGUUGCCUGCCUCAGUGGCUAUGCCGAGGACCAUUCUCCCACCAUCCCCAGGACCAGAGACCCCUCCAGCAGCGCCAUCUGCUGCCUCUUCCCAGUUCCAGGCUGCAGGAUCAGCUGCCUCGGGAGCCUCCGGGAAGGGCUUUCUCAGAGCUGCGCUCGCCAGCCUUUCGAUGGGCUGGCCAAUGCAAGUCCGCCUGUGGUUUCUUCUGAAGGGCCCAUCCCAAGAGGCCUUGGAGGACCCUCUUACCCCCAUUCUUCCAGAGGGAACCCCGCUCCCUCCCAGGGCCUUGAGACUCAGCAAAAGGAGGCAGCAGGGAGAGUCAGUGGCUGUGCACACAAACAGAGAACGGAGUUUGGGCCAUUCCUGCAAACAGCCAAACCUCUGGAAGAAGCAGGGAAGCUACCAUCUCCCUUUUCCCAGAGCAAUGCAGGAUCAGCGUGGUCCCCAGGUUCCCCCGGGGGAAGCGGGGUUAUCUAGACACCUCUCCUUCAGCUGCACUGUCCUCAGAGUCCUAGGAGUUGUCGAGGCUAGCCCUGGGUUCCCGCCAGUCAUCCCUGCCCCCAUGGUCCUCACUGUGCAUUUGUCCUCAGAUGUCUCCUCUCCUCCACCGCCUCUGGGGUCUGAACAGUCCACAGCACUCCUGGUCUCAGGGUCCUCUGUCACCCUAACUGACUGUUUAGGAACUAUAAGGCCCGAGCAGGACCCCGCUCAGCCACCAGGAAGUCCCCUCCAGCUGGGAGGGCUGUCAGUGGGCUGACUGCAACCGAGUCCACGCAGGGGGCCAGGCCAGGCCGGCAAGGAGGUCCUGCCUUUGACAAGGCCCUCGCUGACCACUCUGGCUGAAGAGGCAUUGGGUUCCCUGUCCCCUAAAGAGCCCCAGGAAACACUCUUCACAAUGGGGGCUGCGGGGCCACCCCAGAGGGGUCCUGGCCUUCCUGGGAAGGGGGCCGCAGGGGCCCUGGACCCAUCAUCCCCAGAAACAACUCAGGACAUGGAGGGGCCAGGACUUGCUCUCCUGCUGGGGAAGCUUGUCGUAGUCACUGCCCCAUGGCAAAUACCUCCAAGGGGUGGUGGCAGCAGCCAGACCCGUACCUGUCUGAGGGCCUUGGGACUCGAGCCCGUGGGGAGAAACAGAGUGGGACCAGCACUUCCUCUGCCAGCUCUUACUGCUGAGCAGCUGCUGGCAGAAGGCAGUUGCCUGACAGCCCUUCUGGAGAGCCCUCUGGCCUCCACCUCCAGGAAGCCUGCAGCCUGACUGUGGGAGGGUCAGCUAGAGUCCGAGGCCCAGAGUCAGCCCCAAGCUGACCAUGGGAACAGGAUGAGUGGGGGGCUGCCUAUGCAUCCAGCAAAUGCUGACCCCAUGGGCUCCUGUGGACAUUUCCUCGCCUGGCCUGGCCAGGGGACAUCCCCACAGGAGCAGCUGACAGAGUCCACGUUAGCCACCACCCCUGAAAGUCCCCGGCCUCCUGAGCUUCAGAAUGUCUGGAGGGGCUUCUGAGAGAACGCCUCGCCAGGCAGCUGGUACCCUGCUGGCCUGGACUGCUCCAGUGACCCCUGUUGUCCCUGGGGGGACAUCAGCGCUCCUAGGCACCCUGGCCCAGAAGCCCAGCCAUGGUCUGAGCCAGAGCAGCACCUGGUGCUUCCCUGGAAGGAUGGCACCCCCGCCCCUCCGGGCCAGCCCAUCACUGGAAGUGGGAUUUGAAACACAGCCAAGGAGAGGAGGCCGUCGGCAACGCCCGGAAUGCGAAACAAAUAAAUAAAUA